AUGUACAGUAUGAGCACUUAUGAACAUGAACAGGAGUUGCAGAAUGAUAAAGUGCAGUUGUGUUCGUUGUGUGUCCUUGAUAUUUUCAGUGGCAUCCUCACAGCUUUAGCAAAUCUUCUGUCUCAGAUUUUGGAGGCCAAAAAAAAGGCCAACAAUGGAGCCCUGGUCCAUCAGAUUGACCCAGCUGGAGCUGCACGCUAUGCCAUUUAUGGGUUGGUUAUUACAGGACCGGUGAGCCAUUACGUUUACCAGCUGAUGGAAGUGUGGAUGCCCAGCACAGACCCGCUCUGCAUUGUAAAACGUCUGCUGCUGGAUCGACUUGUUUUUGCCCCCGGCUUUCUGCUCAUUUUCUACUUUGUUAUGAACAUGCUGGAGGCUAAAGGGUGGAGAGACUUUGAGAAGAAGAUGAGAGGAAGUUACUGGACUGCUUUAAAGAUG